GCAGUAAAAAAUUUCCCACCGAACCCAACUAGUCAAAUGCUACCCCAGAGAUCAAAACCCCGAGAAAUCCAAGCACGCACUAAUUAUUCCAUCCCCUCAUCCAUCUCUCUCUGCCACCGAUCCAAAUAUUCGUUUACUUCUUUCUUUUCCCCAUCACACAGCAGCACGGACGGAACAUACAACCACAACUAGCACAACACAAGCACAAAGAAAAAGGAAAGGAAAUAAAAGAAAUAAAAAGCCUGAGCCCCCAAACCGAAAGGGAAGGAAACAAGGUUUGGUUUUUAUUAGCUGCAGAGAAUGGCAGCGAUCCGAACCCAAUCCACAACGCCGCGCGUGGGUAAUAAUCCCCAGUUCGAGCAGUAUUCUGUAUUCCAGCCCUCCUGCCUGUUGCUAUUCCUCCUGCUUGCUUCCCCAAUCUCAUCUCCCCAUCCCUAUCUCCGCCGUGUUGUGUUCGCCUCGCCUUGCCCCCACUUUCUAUCGCAGUGUUGUUCGUCGUGGCGUUCAAGUUAUUGUUGCUGCCAUUAUUAUUCCUUUCCCCUCCUGCUGCUGCGAUCGGCGCUGGUAUGGUAUCCUUCGCAGCGGAGAUCCGGCCGCACAUCGAUUCGCCUUUUCUUUGCCCCCCUCGGCGAGGCGGGGGUAUAUAGCGAGCGGGGGCGGCUGGCAUUCGGUGCCGGCAGACGCUACGAGGUGGGGUGAAAAGGUUGGGGAGUUUCGUUUCUGCGCCUCGCUUUGGUGGUCGCGGAGGUGUUCGGAUCUAGGAUUCGAGGCCUCCGAUUGUCGCCAUGGACGCCGGCGGCGGCGGAGACGGGGACGGCGCGGCGAAGGCGGAGCUGGAGGCCCCCGCCGAGACGACGCCCCCACCUCCGGCGCUCGCGGUGGCCCCGAUUUCUGCGUCCGGGGCGGGCGCGGGGGCCUCGGGGUCUGGGGAGAAGCCGGUGAAGCGCACGAUGAAGAGCCCCUACCAGCUCGAGGUCCUCGAGAAGACCUAUGCGGCGGAGCAGUACCCGUCGGAGGCUCUGCGGGCUGAGCUAUCAUCGAAGAUAGGCCUCUCGGACAGGCAGCUGCAAAUGUGGUUCUGCCACCGUCGGCUCAAGGAUCGGAAGCCGCCAUCCAAGCGGCAACGGUGGGACGAAGAGGCCGCACUGGCACCACCGCCAGUACUGCCACUACCGGCAAUACCGCUGGCAAGCAGUGAGCUUAUGGUGGGUGCGUCUGGACCGUAUGAUGAGCCGCUGCACCCGACUCACCCACGAAGGGGUGCUGGGCGGUCCUCAGCAGUGCCCAGGAUUUCCAUGCCGGAUAUUGGGACGAGGUAUUAUGAGCCACUGCCAGUUAUGCUACGGCCACCUGUGGCAUCAAUGCAGCUCACACAAUCUGAGCUCUGUGUGAUUAAUUCUGUGGAGUCACAGCUUGAGGAACCAUUGAGGGAGGACGGUCCAGUGCUUGGCAUUGAGUUUGAUCCGCUUCCUCCUGGCGCCUUUGGUGCACCAAUUGCAGUUCCAGAGCAACAAAAGCAGCCUGUGCGAUCUUAUGAUAUGAAGAUAUAUUCUAGGCACAACCCAAAGCUCUUAAAGGCUUCAGCAUUCUUACCUACCAUGGAACCCCCUUUUGCUCCAAAUUCAUUUGCUGGGAAGAGAAAAUCAACUGUUGGUAAUCCACCCAUAGUUCAACCUCAUGGAUCAUGGGCAGUUCAUGAGUACCAAUUUCUUCCUGAGCAAUCAAGCGAUACAUAUGAGAGCGCAAGCCGAUCUCACUACUAUGACACUCCAGUGGAAGUUUCAAAUUCGAGAAUAUCUCCUCUCACCUCAGGAUCACAGCUUCUCCAUGGAUCUGAGGAGGUGGCACCUAGUUAUGCUUUUCAAGGUCAAGCAUCUGGUUCUGGCCUUUUGCCUCAAUCUGGCAGGUCUCAGGCGUUUCCAGCAGUACCGGCAGAUUACACGAUGACUCAGUCUAAUAGCAACCUUAAUUCUGUUCCAGUUGAAGGCGAGUUUGGUAUUUCUCAGGUUGCUGGAUUUGAAAACCCACUUAUAUCAUCUGACAGAAGGGUCUAUCAUGAUGAAAAUGCUUCUCGAUUGAAUAGAAAACUAAAAGAUUUUCUUCAGCGUUAUGAAGAAGCAAAGAUUGCAAAGGAAGUUGAAGCUCAUGAAAGACAGAUCAGGAAGGAACUUGAGAAACAAGAUAUUUUGAAUAGAAAGAGAGAGGAACAAAGGCGUAAGGAAAUGGAGAGACUUGAUCGUGAGAGAAGAAAAGAAGAGGAGAGAUUUAUGCGUGAGAGGCAGAGAGAAGAAGAGAGGUUCCAAAGAGAGCAAAGGCGUGAACAUAAGCGAAUGGAGAAAUUUGUGCAGAAGCAAUCUAGACAGGCAGAGAAACAAAGGCAGAAGGAGGAACUCCGAAAAGAGAAAGGGGCCGCAAGGCAAAAAGCUGCCAAUGAAAGGGCUACAGCUCGCAGAAUUGCACGGGAGUAUACGGAAUUGAUGGAAGAUGAGCGCUUGGAACUAAUGGAAUUGGCUGCACAAAGCAAAGGGUUGCCCUCAAUGCUUCAUCUUGACAUCGACACAUUACAACAGCUUGAUUCCUUUCGAGGCGUGUUGAGUCAAUUCCCUCCUCAAAUGGUGAGACUGAAGGUGCCAUUUUCAAUAAAGCCUUGGACCGGAUCCGAAAAUAAUGUUGGAAAGCUUUUGAUGGUGUGGAAAUUCUUGAUUACUUUUACUGAUGUUCUAGGGCUUUCUCCAGUUACACUUGACGAGCUUGUUCAGUCUCUUCAUGAUUAUGAUUCAAGGUUGUUAGGGGAACUGCAUGUUGGUCUUCUCAAAUCCAUCAUAAAGGAUAUCGAGGAUGUUGCUCGAACUCCAUUGGUUGCACUGGGGGUGAAUCCAGGAGGUGGUCAUCCACAUAUUGUUGAAGGGGCAUAUGCUUGGGGAUUCAAUAUACGUAGCUGGCAGCGCCACCUGAAUCUUCUUACAUGGCCUGAAAUAUUACGACAAUUUGCUUUAUCUGCUGGUUUGGGACCUCAACUAAAGAAAAGGAAUGUCGAAGAUGCUUAUUAUCAUAAUGAUAAUGAGGGUCAUGAUGGCGAGGAUGUUAUAUCAACGCUCCGAAAUGGUUCAGCAGCUGUGAGUGCUGCGACUUUGAUGAAAGAAAGAGGCUACACCCAUCGCCGUAGAUCUUGGCAUCGUCUUACUCCUGGAACUGUAAAGUUUGCAGCUUUCCAUGUGCUAUCUCUUGAAGGAAGCAAAGGUCUCACAAUAUUGGAAGUUGCAGAAAAAAUUCAGAAAUCUGGAUUGAGAGAUCUCACAACAAGCAAGACACCCGAGGCAUCCAUAGCUGCUGCCUUGUCUAGGGAUACCAAACUUUUUGAGAGAACGGCUCCUUCAACAUACUGUGUGAAAUCGCCUUAUAGAAAAGAGCCAGCUGAUUCUGAGGCUGUGUUGUCAGCAGCACGUGAAAAACUUAGGGCUUUUCAGAAUGUGCUUUCUGACUCUGAAGCUGAAAAGGAGGUGGACGAUGCUGAGAGGGAUGAGGAUUCUGAAUGUGAUGAUCCUGAUGGUGAUGAUGUGAAUACUGAGGUAGGAGAUGACAAGGAUGAUGUGAAUACUGAGGUAGGAGAUGACAAGGACCCCCUUCUUGCUGUUGAUGCACAAGAUGGCGUACCAACUACAACUACAGUUGAUGGCAUAAAGACAGAAGCAGAUAGUGUGGGUAAUGCGUUAAACACACCAAGUUGUUUUACUAAAUCUGCAAAAGGUGCUCCCCUCUCUUCUUUAGGCAACUCCAAUACAGCUGGCACUUCAAGUGAUUCACCUCUUGGAGCCUCAUCUGAUUAUCAUGAGGUAAUCCCUGGCGAUUCUGAAGAUACACAAAUUGAUGAAAGCAAUCAAGUUGAGUCUUGGAUACAGGCACUAGCAGAAGGUGACUAUUGCGAUCUUAGUGUUGAUGAACGCCUUAAUGCACUGGUUGCGCUUGUUGGUGUUGCCACUGAAGGGAACUCUAUUCGUGCUGUUCUUGAGGAACGCUUGGAAUUAGCAAAUGCCUUAAAGAAGCAAAUGUGGGCAGAGGCGCAACUUGAUAAGAGGCGUUCCAAGGAAGAAUUUGCUAGCAAAAUGCAAUGUAAUUCUUACAUGAGUUUGAAGGCUGAUAUAAAUCAAGAAAACAAUGCUACAGAGAGUACUCCAACUCCAGCCUUUCAUGCUGAUAAAGAGAAUGAUGAAAAUUUUGGGGCCAUUAACAACUGUGAGAUACUUGAUCAGCAUAGUCAGGGUAAUGCUGGUGGUAUGUCUUAUGAGAGGAAUGGUGUAGGCCCGGAAAUCAGUGCAACCCCAGAUACUUUAUCUGUUCAGCAAUAUGCUUAUGCUGACAAAACACGAUCUCAGUUGAAAUCAUACAUUGGUCACCGGGCAGAACAGCUGUAUGUUUACAGAUCCCUGCCCUUGGGUGAGGAUCGGAGGCGAAAUCGGUAUUGGCAGUUUACAACGUCGGCAUCACCAAAUGACCCUGGCUCAGGAAGGAUCUUUUUUGAAUCCAAAGAUGGAUAUUGGAGAGUUAUUGACUCAGAGGAGGCCUUCGAUUCUUUAGUAGCUUCCCUCGAUACACGUGGCAGCCGGGAGGCACAGCUGCAUUCAAUGUUGCAAAUGAUUGACCCAUCCUUUAAGGAAGCUAUUAAGAGGAGUGUGGCUAUAGAACAAUCUGCUGGAAGGAAUAUAAACGAAGCUACUGACAUGAUAAGGGCAAGUUUUCAUAGUGAGUUUGGAAGCCCAAGCAGUACUCCUUUUAGUGUUGCAUCUAAUAGUGCCACAGCAUAUUCUGAUUCUUUCAGAAUAGAGCUGGGGCAUAAUGAUUUUGAGGAAGCUGCUAUUUCAAAAAGGGCAGAUGGAUUUUUAAAAUGGAUGUGGAGGGAAUACUACAAUCAAGAAUUGACAUGUGCCAUGAAGUACAGCAAGAAAAGAUGCUCUGAGUUGAUGCAUUCUUGUAAUUUCUGCUAUCAGAUUUACUUAGCUGAAGAAAGACACUGUUCUUCUUGCCAUAAGACCUUCAAAUCCAUUCACAGUUUUUCUGAGCACACAGCACAAUGUGAAGAGAAGCGGAGAACUGACCCUAACUGGAAGAUGCAAAUUGCGGACUAUUCUGUUCCAAUAGGAAUGAGAUUGCUCAAGCUGCAGCUAGCUUCCAUCGAGGCUUCAAUACCAUCAGAAGCACUUCAAUCAUUUUGGACUGAUGUGUAUCGGAAAUCUUGGGGUUUGAAGUUGUACUCUACCAAAUCUAUGGGUGAAAUAUUCCAGCUUUUGACUCUGCUGGAAGGUGCAAUAAGACGGGACUACCUCUCUUCUGAUUUUGAAACAGCAAGUGAGUGUCUAAACUCAAACUCACAGGAUAUUGCAUGCCAGAAUCUUGUAGGAUCGGUUGGAUCUGCUGCUGUGCUUCCAUGGGUUCCUGACACUACCGCUGCUGUCAUGCUCCGAACGUUAGACCUAGACUCGGCUAUUUCAUACAUACAAAAUCAAAAGAUGGAGAGAGAUUUCAUGAAACUUCCAUCAAGGUAUACAGUUGCUAAGAGCACACAAGAAACAGCUCCACUUGAACCAACUGGUUUUGAUCUGUAUGAUCGAAGGUGGCUUCCAAGUGGUGGCCGUAGGGGUCGUGGAAGAGGAAGUAGAGGUGGUAGCAGGGGAGGCAGAGGUCGAAGUCGAGGUGGAAGGGUCCCAAGAGGUAUUAGCAGCUCAUCUAGGAUUGAAUUCAAGGAUGACAGUGUUGCGUAUGAGAAAGCACCAAGGAAGAAUGCACGUCGAGGGCGUACACGUGGUUGUGGUCGUAGACGAGGACGUCGAACUGUUAGGCCUCGGCAGCCAUCUGAGGGCAGAGCCAGAUCAAUUCCGAAGGCAAAUUUGUUAGGAAGCUUUAGCAUGGUUAGCAGUUCAAAGCCUGCUACCAUUGAGGAGUCUCCACGAAGCUCUGGUGCUGAUGAGUGGGGUUUGGGGACCAGAAUGCCAUAUACUGAAGGUGGUGGGAACAGUUCUGCAUCUCAGUCAGAUCAAUCAGAAGAUAAUGAGGAAAACGGCCAACCAAUGGAUGAGGAAUACGAAGAUCAAGUUCUAGAUUACUCCAUAGGCUAUUCUGGUGGGUCCAGGCUGCCUCAUGGAAUGAUGUCCACGUUGGAUCAUGAGGAGGAUGAAGAUGCUAAGGGUGAUGAGUAUGUGGAGGAAGAUGGUGCAGACCAUGCUGUUGAUGAUGUCGACGGUGAGAUGUAUGAGGAUGAUGAAAUGGCUGAUAACAUAGGUGAAGAUGACGGUGAUGGAGUGGAGAUGAAUGCGGACGAGGAUGAAGGUGCUACCUCAUAUUCGUCUGAUUACAGUAAAUAAGAGAGGCAUGAAGAAGGGCCCCUUAUCCACAUAUCUUCCCUGGACAUCUAGUUCAAUUAAUACUGAAUAGACAUUACCUUCCUUUGUGGGUGAAAAAAUGCCUAGAUGCGUUGAUUUUUUUUUUUUUAAAUGCUAGAUGCGUUCAUGAGAAAAAGAAAGAGGCUAGAUGCGGAAUGGGGAAACUGAUGUUCAAUGGGUGGGGUAUGCAGUGCUACGUUUUAGUACUGCAGGUUUCUGUGGAUUUUCUGGCACAGCGUGGCUGCCUAUGCAAUCGACUAGGGUUAAGUUGUAUCUUGGUGGUUAUGGCGUUGGGGCAAUUUCCAGAUUUGUACAAUGUGCCCAAGGCAAAGUAUAAUUAACCGCAUUGUCUGCCUUA